CAGGGUGGGUUUCCCCACUCCAUAGAGGAGGCAGCCUGGGGGAGUGGGCGGCAGGUUUUCUGCAUGCAGGCCAUGCCGGCACUGCCCCUCGGGGCCCUGGCAGAGAAGGGCACUGGUGGGGCUGGUGAAUUAGGGGAUGAUUGGCAUCAGAGAGCUCCCCAACUCAGACCACUGCCGCUUGCUAAGUGUAUGGCCACAGACACCUGCUGCCUCGGCUCUAGAAAAUCUUGCUGCGCAGGGACGGAACUCAGGCUGCGGAACUAUGUCCCCGAGGAUGAGGACCUGAAGAGGAGGCGGGUGCCCCCGGCCAAGCCAGUCGCAGUGGAAGAGAAGGUGAAGGAGCAACUGGAGGCCGCCAAGCCUGAGCCCAUCAUUGAGGAAGUGGACCUGGCCAACCUCGCGCCCCGGAAGCCUGACUGGGACCUCAAGAGAGACGUAGCUAAAAAGCUGGAGAAGCUAGAAAAGCGGACCCAGAGGGCCAUUGCCGAGCUGAUCCGUGAGAGGCUAAAAGGCCAGGAGGACAGCCUCGCCUCUGCAGUGGAUGCUACGACGGAGCAAGAGGCCUGCGACUCCGACUGAGCUCUGUAUGACUACAGAAAACCGGCGUGCAUGGAAAGGGCAAAACUAACACCAUCACUCACGAUGGGUGCACGAACAAAAGUUACAGAAUAUAUGAGGAGACCGGUGCCUUGAAGAAGGGGUACCACCCCACCAGGUGGAAGAGUUGAUCCCCAAGGAACUGAAACCAUGACCUCCUUACAGACUUUAAAAUGAACAUUGGUUUUCUCGCCAGAGAUAAAAGAGGCACCCAGCUCCCCUAACUCAGGAACUUAGGUAGGAGGAAGAUCUGGGUGGUAAUCUUGGAAACAAAGAAUGUUUAUUAAAAUAAGUGACACACACAGACACACACAUACCAUAAGCAACUCACCGGAGGAGCUAAGUAAUAACAAUCGGAGGAGGGAUUGAUCAGUUUAAAGUUAGGCGGAAGCCCUAGGAGGCAGCAGUGGGAGCAGGUAGGUUGGCAAGUGGACAUACUGCCAGGUGUCCGUGAGCAGAUGGGAGAUCAGGAAAAGAAAACGAGAAAGAAGGAAUGGCCAACCACUUCUGUCUCUGGCAUCAUGGGACUGCAGUGGCCCGAACUGAUCCUCCCUUUGCAAACAGCUAAAAAUACUAGGUAAAUAAAUAGUUACAACAAAUACUUUUAAAGGCCUCAGUGACCAGGCAAGAAAGUAGAAAACACUCAAGCAAGAGGGUAGGAGAAGCAGCAGAAUGCUGAAGUCUCACCUCUGACUUGAAGGUAUGUGACAAGCGAGGUGAAAUAGCAUUGGUUUUCGGGGUGCUCAGUGCCUGGGGCCAAGACAACUCACUACCUGUGCAUAAUGAGGGACCUGGUACGAGGACCCUCCAGAAGGCUGGGGCUGCAAAGGGCAGGGCCCUCUGUGAACUAAUAAUAGAUCCGCUCCCUUGGCAUCCCAGAGGAAAACUGAACCUUGGCACUGACUGGAAUGAAGAAAGGUCUCCCUUGAGAACUGAGCCGGCCCACAUGGGUUUGCAUGUGAGAAACCUCAAGCCAAGAAACAGAUCGAUAACCUAAAACGAGAAGCUAAGAGAUACAGAGGAUAGAGUGAGAAGAGCUACAUAACAUGUGAUUAGAGUUCCAGGAGAGAAAAAAGGCAAAAAGGAGGCGGAUGUUUU